UGUAUCGGAUAAACUCUUUCCAUCAUAUGCAGUUAGCGGGCGUUUAAAAAAAGCAGAACUCUAAAUCUGAAGUAAUAAUUAAAUGCUAAAAUUAUUAUUACCAGAAGACUUACCUAAUUAUAAUGUAUUAGUUUUCUUCGUUCCGAAAGUUAACUUUUCUAAGGUGUGUAUGUCUGAUUGUGUAUGUAUUUGUUUAUGUACAGUUUCAAGAAUGUAAAUGAGUGUUACUUCUAUAUCAUACGCUAGAAAUUUUUUGUGACGAUGAAUAACCGACAAACUCUGGCUCUAUUUGUCAUUACAUUCUACCAUAAAUCCGCGAAAGGCUUUAUCGGAAAACAACAAAAUUUAGGAAACCCCUCGGGCAAUGUAAACGAAAAACACUUCCCACCCUUGCCUCUCUCUAAGGACUAGGAAGCAUGUAGUUUGAAAACACGGGUACGGAUGUGCUCAACACCUUCAAACGUCCACAGAUUUUUUUUUUUUAUCAAGAAAGACAUUAAGAAAGACAAAGGGGAGUAUAUAUAUAUAUGUGUGUGUGUAUGAAAAAGUCCUCUAAUCUGGGACUUGAGUAGCAUUGUAAUAAAAACGCUUCUCGGCAUUUGUUUUACUCUCAUGCUUGAAGACUCGAGUCAGGUGUGAUAAACUGAGUGUCACGAUGCAGGAUGAGAAAGCCUACGCCAGGUACUCCUGUUGGUUGUAUAUAUCGUGGAACUAAAUCAGAUCGUCGUUGAGUUGUAACGGAUACGGGCAGAUGAGUGGUGGGGACCAGGAAGAUGAGACGGGGCCACGUUAUCUCUCACUGAUGUCACAAGACGGUCAACACUAGCAGUGAGACAUGUUUUGCAGACUGCAGUAGACCUACCCGACUUACCGAUAGCAGACCUACCCGUAACGCUAUGCGUACCACAGACGCGUUCCAGAGAAGGAGAGAUACGGGUGUGAACUGUGCUGGAAACCCAACUCGACCAUUUGUGCUGUGUGCUGUGCUACUGUUAGGGUGCAGCAGUUGUAUAAAGCUGAUGUUGCUAAACCUCUCGGUUAUUAUUAAUUAAUAGGAAACAAUAUAACACAAAAUUAAUCAUAGCAUUUGCUAGUGACUUUGUACACUUCACUGGUACUAGGAAAUAAUUUUAAACUUCGCCGUAAAAGCAAACUAAUAUCCAGACGGAUCCUGAACCAGAACUGUGUGUCUUAUAAAGGUACAUUCCGUAAACCAGAAAGUUUCUGAAGUUACCAGAGAACAGACGCUGACGUUCAUUGAACACUACUCUCUGACAGUCGUCAGUGGAAGACCGUUGAAGGUCGUUGAACAGUCCUAUGGAGACUCGCAGCAAGACAUCCCACGCCUGGCUUGCUCUUGCAGUUGUUGUGCUGAGUGUUGCGACUGUGGCCGGUCUACAGAAAAAUGCAAACCAUGUAAUAACAGAAAUCUAUUAUGAACAGGAGAAAUACUUUACAUGGAAUAUAUUCAAAUGGUUUUCAGCUUACAGGUCAAGCAAGCCGAGAAAGGUAUGUGUGUGAAGCAGGCUGGACAAGCUUCAAAUGGCAUUUCCUGUGACUAUGCUUUAUGCAAUGGUCUGACAAAUUUAAAUGGAGCUUGUAAUACUCGCAUUGGUGAUUCACACAUCAUUUAUACUGAUGGUACCAUCCAGUACUACCCAGAUGGCUCCUGUAACAGUCCAAAUAGCUGUACAUGCACAAAGGCAGGAUUUUACAGUGGAGGACCUGUUUGUUCAAUGUGCACGGCUAUUUCAAACUGUAACUUAGAGACUUGCACCACCGCAACAAAUCGGGUGUGCUCCAGGUGUGAGGGGACAGUACAGGAACGGGAGGGUUACAGAGCCUAUGUGCCAUCUUCUGACAACAGGGCUUGUAACAAGGCUUGUUCAUGGCGCUUUGACAGCACCCGCUGUUAUCCAGGCAGCUGUCCCACAGAACUCGCUAGCAGCUGCACAUGUUCAAGCGGCUUUGAGGGACUGCACUGUCAAAAUAUUGUGUCUGAGGCUGACAUCGUCUACAAUGGCUAAAGCUAACUGCGUGGAUGGUCUGUUGUGACUGCACCAUUAGAUAUAAAUUCAGGACCAUCUGCUGCUCAGAAUGAUGUCUUGGACAAAUAUUGUACUUCCUGCAAACAUCUUCUACCGAUGGGAUGGCCAGUUUCGUCCAACUACCUAGCUACCAUAACUACAUCACAGAUGCUAAGGUGGGGUCACUGGAGGAAAGACACAACUGAUCUAAACA